AUGGAGGAUUGCUAACAAAGAAUUAGUAAAAUAAGUUUUAAUAAUUGUGAAAGGAGUGUCAGUCAUAGUGGAAAUUUGUAAAAUAUGUUAUGUGUUGACAAAGAAUGUAUUGGUGUAGAAAAUUAAUAUUUAAGUUUGAUGUGUGACAAGUGCGUUCAAGAGAAUAUACAUCAAAAAUAAAAUCAUGUUUAAAAGCCUUUUUAGAAUGUAAUGUAAGAAAUAAUUAAGGAGCUUCUUCGCAUAAAAUAAGAAAAUGAUAAAACACAAUCUAAAUUUAAGUAAAUAAGAGAUUUUAUUGAUUGUUUAGAGAGCUCAAUCGUAGACGAAAAUUGCAUUAAGAAAACUAAUUAGAUUUAUGAAAACUUUUAAAAAUGUGUCAGCGAAAAUUCAAAUAGUGAUUAGGCUCUUAUUUAGCAACUUAUACAUUUUGCAAAUGAGAUAGAAUUCAAUGAUGAAACAAAUGAAAUUUCUUUGAAAAAUAAACUUAAUUAAACAAUAGACAGUGACAAUGAUUCUAAUAUUGCUUAUGAGUUAUUUAAAGAUUUUGAAAAGUUGAUAGAUAUAUUUAAUUAGAAUAACCACUAAUUCGAUUAUAAUAUUAUUCUUCCUUUGUAAGCACACCGUUUACUUAGUGAGAUAAAAGAAUCUCCAUUAGGGUCAAUUGAUAAAGAGAAACUUUUCAAGGAUGCUUUUAGGAUAGAGUCUAAUCAAUUUAAUGACUAAAAGAGAGCUUCUGGUUCAAGAAGAUAGUCAUUAGAAAUGUUUGAAGCAGAUAAGAAAAUUUUGCUUCUGAUGAAUGAAAAUGAUAGGCUUAACUUCUCAUUAAAUGCUAAACAAGAUGAAAUUGAUAUUCUUAAAAUAAAAUUGUAAAGAGCAGAAGAAGAUUUGAAAAAGAUGCCAUCAAAAAAUCAAGAAGAAGAAGACCCAUAAAUAAAAAUAUUUUAGUUUGAAUUAGAAAGAGUGAAUAAAGCUUUAGAAUAUAAAAAUAAGGAAAUUGAAACACUUUACCAAAAAAAUUCUUCUAAAAUUGCAGAGAAUGGGGAAACAAUUAUAGAGUUACAAGCUUAAAUUGAUAUGUUAGUUAAGGAGAAUGAAAGGUUAAAUUCAGUAAUUGCAGCUAAAGAUGAUGAACUCGGUUCAAUAUAAUCUAUUUCUAAUUUAGAAGAUAAAACAAUGGAUGGGCUUAAGGCAGAAAUAAUAAGAUAAAAUAAAAUAAUCAAUGAGCAAAAUGCUAAAAUAGAGUCUAUAAAAAAUGAAAAUAAACUUAUAAUAGAUUCAAAGCACCUAGAAGCUAAUUAAUAAAAAGAACAAUAUUCUUCUCUGUUUUUAAAAUAUAGCUAAUUUGAGUCAGAAAUUAAAAGAAUGAAUUCAGAAAUACAAUAAAAGAAUUAAGAAAUUGAGGAACUUAAGCGAAAGUUUGAAAAGUCCAUCUUGUAAGAGUAGCAGCAACAAAUUUAGUAGCAAUCUUAACAAAUAUAAUCACCACAGUUUAAAGAGCAGUAGUAGUAAUAAUAAGUGCAAUUAUAACUUUAACAAUAAUAGCAAUUAAAAGAACAAAAUGUAAAAGAAUAAAUAUAAUAAAUAUUAAAUCCUUAACACAAUAACUUUUAGUAUUAAUAACAAUUGUAAUAAGUUUUUCCUUCUAGUUUUAUUCCACUGUCCUCUUAAAUUCAAAGUACUCAGCCCAAUUUUUCUUAAUUUAACACCAUGCCUAAUUCCAUAAAUGCUUAAAAACUUUUCAAUAACUAUGGAAAUGUAGUUUAGUAAACACAAAAUCACCAUAAUUACUUAAACAGAGAAAGACUUGGAAGUGAAGGUUAAGGAAUUAAUUAAAAGCUUGAUUCUGUUAAAAGUGCUAGCCAUAUAAAGAAAAUAUCUGCUAUAGAUAGAAUAGAUAUUUAUAAAAAAAAUGACUAUCUUACUUAGCCACUCUCAAGUAGAUUUAAAUCACCUCCUUCUACUUCAUCAGGAAAUAAAGCUAAUUAAAUGAAUUUAACUUAAACUACUGUGUCUGUAAAUGAAUAUGAAGUUAACCAUAAAAAUUCUAUAACUCCAACUAUAAGCAGAUAAAUUCAAAGUGCAAAUUAUCAUGUUGGAGCUAUAAUAUAGUCUGAUCGUAAAUAGCCAUCUUCUAAUAAUAACCUAAGUCAUGAUGAUAAAAUAAGUAGUUUAUCUUCAAGCAUAAACUACUACAAAACUUACAAAUAAAAUUCACAGUUUAAUUCUCCUCCUACUUCCACCCAAUCUAUAAUUCCUUACAAAGAAAGAAUAGAUAGCAAAAUAUAAAAUUUGUCAAAAGAAAUUGGAAAGCUAAAUAAUAUUUUAGACAAAAGAGAUUAACCUGAAAAAAAGCAAAUUUAGUAAGUUAGCUAAAAUUUUAUUAAAUAGCAAACAUACAGAUCUGGAUCUGAGAGCUUAAAAAAUAAGGUCUUUAAAUGA